GAAUGAAUUUUGGGAGUGCUGGUCUUGGUCUCGACACCCUCGGGUCUCUGUCUUGUCUUGGUCUCGGUUUUGGUGGUCUCGACAACAGACCUUCACUACAUCAUGUGUGGCUUUGACUCAAAUAUGUUUAUAAAAUAAAAUUAUUGUUUGCAAAAACAUUAAUAACAAGUGUGCUCAAGACGUUAAAGAGAAAUUUCAACUGAAAAUCUAAAUGCACGCAUUACCCUUAUGUCAUUCCAAACCAAACACUACCUUUGUUUUCCCCCAAAAAAUGAUUAAUUUUUUUAUUUUAGUCUACGAAAAUUGAUAACCAUUAAUGACGGCAAUCAGUGAAACUGGGUAUUUUGUAGAAAAUCUCAUGAACAUGUUGAAGUGGUCGUGACUCGUGAAUGUAGCGUCACGUUUUCUAGGGUGAUUACGGUCAUUGAAGCUGAAGCCGGAAGUAAACAGACAGCUCGUCCUGAGCUCUUCGAGCUAAACGCCGAAUUCAGCGAGACAGUCAAUGAGAUUUGAGGUUUUCUGAGUGUACUCGAUGAUUUUCGAAGAGAACAUGUCGAGCACGAGCAGUGUUUUCUUUAAGAGCAGACUGAAGUCUGUGAUCGAGAGCGCUGUGUCAGAGAUCAUCCGACUGCACGAAGAUGAAGUGAUGCUGAUGAGACUGGAGAUCACACAAAGAGACACUCAGAUCAGCCGGAGGAACGAUGACAUCACUCAGAAAGAUACCGAGAUCAGACAGAGGGACACUGAGAUCAGUCAGAGAGAGGAUGAGAUCAGACUGAGAGAUGCUGAGAUCGAGAUGCUGAAAGAGAAACUGGCGUCAGUGGAGACAACGCGACACAGACGAUUUACUGCUCAGACAUCAGGACAUCUGGAGUUCAGUGAAGCUCAACUUCAACUUGAAUUGAAUGACGAAAAUCAACAGCAGCAGAGAGACACAGAUGCCGAGGAGACGUCCCGUUCAGAAUCACAAACACAGACUCGGUGUUCAGACGGACACAACCAUGAGAACCACGAAAACCUCGAUGGACUACAGCUGGCGGCAAAGACCGAGCAGAACUUUGAGUCUGAAAUCAAACAUCCAGACCCGCAUCAUCAUCAGACCGAUCAUGACGUCAGUGUGAGAGACACACCCGUGUGGUGUUCUGAUGGAGGAGACACUGAGGAAUCCACAUCAGAUCCGCACUGCUCCUUUAAUCCCGUGAAAGAAACUGAAACCUCAUCCGUCGCCUUCGAGUCCGUGACACAGACUGAAGCGCUUUGGACCGACAGAACCGAACUGGACUUGGUUCACACACAGCCGCACAAAGACCUGGUGGAAAGCGUCUCGCCUCACAGCCGCACCCAUGCUGAUGCGGUCACGUGCGCGUUCACCUUCGGCACGGGUUGCAGGAGAGAGACGGCGCGAGAGAAAUGGUUCAUCUGCUCGUUCUGCGGCAAGAGUUUCGAUCGCUUCAGUCACCUGCAGAUGCAUCAGCGCAUUCACACCGGAGAGAAACCGUACAGCUGCGGGACCUGCGGCAAAAACUUCUCUCAGCAGAGCAACCUGCGCACGCAUCAGAAGAUCCACCGCAGACCAGACCACAUACACGCCAAACCAUCCUGACCCCCGCCCGCAGACGAUGCUGUUGUUCUCAAACUCCCACACUCUCUGUGCCUUCCACAAACUCACUUUAUACCGUUUCAGACAUGAGCAGCCUUCCGUGAAUGUCUUUAAUGCAUUUGAAGGUUUAUUAACCCAUGUCAAAGAUCAGCACAUUUGAUUUCUUGGCAAACUCUCGAAAACUAUGCAUUGCCUUUAGAGCGCCAAAACGCUCUCACUGUUGACUUUGUUUUCUUCUGAAAUUGACGAAAGAAAAUUCCACUGUAAUACCAUAUAGCUGCAAGGUUCGAAAAAAGCAGUGCAGUCGUAUAAAAAAUACAGUGGAAAUAAAAAAGUAAAUACUAAACGCUCCACAAAUAUAUAGAACGAUGUCGUGUAGAUCCUGUACCUAUAAACGGAGAGUUUUAUUUUCAGCAGUUAAACGUUUUCUGCGAUAUAACGUAGUUAUACAUCAGUUUAAAUGCUUUAAAAUUCAGUUAACCCUUACAAACAUCGAUCGUGACGUCCUUCAUCAAGGGCUUCAUUUCUGAUGAUUGACAGUAGUAACAAUCAUUUUAAUCGCUUUGGAUAAAAGCGUCUGCCAAAAGCAUAAAUGUAAAUGUAAAAUGAAUUGUAUUUGAUGCCAUUGUGCUUUUAAAAUGGCACAGCCUCUACUCAAAAUGAUUAAAAAAUAGAAAAUACCUUUUAUAACCAAUAGCCGGUCACUAAUACAAUUUAUACAAACCUUCUAUUCUCAAUCAUCUCUCUGAUGUUUCAUACAGCACUAAAGCAGCUAAAAAUGGAAUAAAGUUUCACAUCUAUGGCUUUAA